AAUAUAUGAUGUUUUGUUUUUUAAAAUUCCAAAUAUAUUUCAGGUUGUCUAACUAAAGAUGUUGAGAAGCAAUGAGGACUGGCUAAAAGGAUGUAAAGAUCUCAACUGUUGGUGGGUGUCCAAGGUCGAGACAAGGAAGCCACUAUGAUUUCACUGGUUUGAUCAAACUCUACCAAAGAGGUGGGGUUUUCAAGUGACUGCAGGCGAAUGAAUGUGAUUGUGACUCGAGCAAGAAGAUAGUGUUGCCUUGUCUGCGUUCCGAAACAAUAAGUGACAGAUGAUUCUUAAAGCAAUUCAUGGAGUACUUUGAGGAGCAUGGCUAGUAUCUGAGUAGCUCUGCAUACUGUAAUGAAUACGUAAAGAACUUGAAGGAAUAAGAUUCUGUCCCCAACUCAGGGCAUUUCAGUUUAUUGCCUAAUUUGCUACAUCUAUAUUCAGGAGCUCAGGAAAAUGGGUAGUAGGAUGUUCUUAUAAAGAUUAAUUUUUAUUUGUUGUUAUUUAUCUAGAAAGUCAGCAGAAAAUAUGGUGCUAGGCAUCCCGAUCAUCCUUGUUUUAUUAUUUUUUGAACUUAGGUGAUGAUGUCUUUGUAGUGGCUUGAUGAGUUUUUACAAGCAAUGUGUUGUAUGGAUUGGAUUACCACUUUAUACUCUCUUUAAAUGAACAACAGAAGCGAAGCAGUAAUGGCUAUGGUGGGAGACAAGACGAAGAAGAAAUCGACUGCUGUGACUUUGCAACAGUUCAUCUCCAAUAUGACUCCUUUAAUCGAUUUGGAGAAGGAAGCUGAGAUAUCAGCCUCUAUUUCUUCAUGUGCAUCAAGAAAUCAAGAAAUUUGGAUAAUGCUCAGAAGAGGGGCUUCACUAUUCUGAAUUUGAAGUGUCUCGAUGUUCAGGUUGUAUAUUGUAUGAAUUACAUGCAUGGUUUUGAAGGAAAAAAUUGUCUGCAAAAUUAUAAAUAAGCAUGAUUUCAUAUAUUAGUUACUGUACUGUAAACUCUUUUUUUUUUUUCCUCAUGUUUGCUACCAUAAUAGAACAUUGAAUCACUCAGUUAUCUUAUAAUUUGUUUUGCGUUUGGUUUUCAAAGUAGACAGGGUUGAUGGGGAAAACACUGCUUGAGUUUCAAUGAGUAGUGGUGGGUGCUCUUACAUUUUUUAUGGUUUUAGUGCCAUAGAAUAUAGACCUUAUGAAUCUUAUGCCAGUCAACUUUGAUUCACAUAUGUUGUCAUAUCUUCUUGACAAGCAUGAACGCAAUAAACUUUGAUUCUGUAAUCAAAUUUUAUUAAGACUUACUGGGUUAAGGUUGUCAAUCUGUAUAAGGGUCAUGAUAGAUCUGCUUCAGAUGUGAAAUAGAAUAAAAGAAGGAUGAAUAAGACAGAAAAAUCAAUGAAGGUGAAGCUGAGAUUGAUAUUUCACAUGGAAAGAGACUUACUCAAAGUGGAGUCCAAGGUUCUGAUACUGGAAUUAUUGCAUUACCCAUAUACUACACAGGUAUUAAAGACUGUACUGUGCUAUAUUCAGUUGCAUUUUUUCUCCACUAACCAAAUAUCUUUCCUUCCUCUUCUUCCAUUCCUUUCACAAACUGACCAAUACAUGAUGUAGUUAUAUUGAAACCAAAUAAGAGCUGAAUAGGAUCUCCUUUGCUUUGGCAAGCAAGGUGCAAUUUACCUGUUAAAGGAUUUCUCAAUCACUGUUGCAUUCGAUCGCAUCCCUGAAGCAGGUUUAAAUAGUCCCUUAACCAGAAAAAGUGGCAAAUGAGUUAUUGAUUCAAAGUGAAAAGUUCUAAGUACGGACUUUGGGAAUCAGAUGGAAGCCAGACUUUGAUUCAUUCUGCCUCACCUCUAAAAUUCUGAACCAGAGAGAUGGUGAUCCCAAUUAAUUUAUCUGUGCCGGUUGUUGACGUGCCAAAAUGGAUGGAGUGGCCAUCUAUCCAAAUGAGGUGAGAUAGAUCACCAAGUCUUCGUAGAAAUUGACUAGGUUCGAAGGGUCAGUUAAGCGUGGGGAAGGUGUUAGGCACCCCACAAACUUCCAUAUAAAUAUGGUUACCACAUACUUUAAUUUUGAGGUAUUUUUCAAUUUUUAUAAAAUAAUAAUUAUCAA